UUACUAUAAAUUAAGAAAUAAGUUUGCUUUAUAAAUAAAACUAGAAUUUGAUCCGUACACCUGUGCAGAUAUUCGUUUUUUCUUUUUUAAAUAAAUAUUUAUACUGUACAAACAGUAGUCUAUAUUUUAAAAAUUUACUGUAUGAAAUAAUUAUUUAAUAUGGCAUUUUUAAAUAAUUUUUUAUACUUUAUGUUGAGUCAUUUUAUUUCGGUUUUCAAACUAUUAGAAUAUGAAUCACGCGCACAAAUGUAUUUUUUAUUUUUUGUAUGGACCAAACACGAGGAAACAUGAAAAUGGGAAGAGUUCUAGAGUUGCUUACAGUUUUUAUGGCUGUGAUGUCUUCUGCAAGAGUCUCUGCUCAGUCCAGUUGCACAACCGCGUUGAUCAGCAUGUCUCCCUGUCUCAACUACAUAACAGGAAACACUACCUCUCCUUCUCAGCAAUGCUGUAGUCAGCUAGGUAAUGUAGUCAGGUCUUCUCCUGACUGUUUGUGUCAAGCCCUCAACGGUGGAGGCUCUCAGCUUGGGAUCAACGUUAACCAAACGCAGGCUCUUGCUUUGCCUAGGGCUUGUAAUGUUCAAACUCCUCCUGUCAGUCGCUGUAACAACGGUGGUGGUUCUACUACUGACUCUCCUACAGAUUCACCAAACUCUUCAGGUAAAUGAAAUUAUAAAAACAUGCAAUGA